CAGAACAUCGAAAAAUCAUCUCUAAAUAGAGAGAAAAUUACAGAGCUGGAGCUGUUUAGAUAGAGGAGCUCUGUGAUUUUCUCUCUAGCUAUAUAGAGAGAGAUCCAAGACCAUCAGAUCAGAUUUCAAACCAGUAAACCCUAACCCCCAAUUUUUAAUAGAAAGAGAGAGAGAGAGAGAGUUAAUAAUGGAGUUGGUGGUGAUUUGAAACACAAAAAGGAAUCAAAAUCUCUAGCUUUAGAUUGAGAAAAUUACAGAGAUGGAUCUGUUUAGAUAGAUAGAUAGAGCUCUUUAAUUUUCUCUCUAGCUAGAUAAACCCUAACCCCAAUUGGGGUUUCUGUUUUUGGUUUCUGUUUCUGAAUAAGAGAUAAAUUAAUCAUAAAAGGGCAUUUACGGACGCUUGGAAUGCGACGUGCAAGGGAGGAACAAGCACACCGAUAAUGGUCGUUCCAAAAGGAAAAACCUUUCUUCUUAAAUCAAUCGAGUUUAGUGGCCCUUGUGUGACUAGAAAUAUCGUCGUUCAGAUAUCUGGAACAAUAGUUGGUCCUCUAACCCUUAAAGAAUGGGGAUGGCCAAAUUUCAUUAAUAAAUGGAUCGUAUUCAAAAACGUGGAUGGGCUUACUGUACAGGGGAGGGGAAUAAUCGAUGGUCGUGGUAAUUGUUGGUGGGAGAACUCCUGCCACAACAGUAAACAUAGAAACCGUCCGGGUUGCUCCCAAUCGCAGCCACAUUCAGUUAACUUCGUUGCCACUAGCAAUAGUCAGUUGAAGGAUGUAACGGUCACCAAUAGCCCUAUGUUCCACGUUACUUUGUUGGACUUGAGUAACUUUAACAUCACAAACCUGAAGGUGGAUUCCCCUGAAGAAAGUCCAAACACGGACGGCUUGCAUACACAAAGCGUUGAGAAUGUUAGCAUCAGAAACAGUUACUUCAGGAGCGGCGACGAUUGUGUUUCCGUUGGCAACAGCAGCUUUCACGUCUACAUCAAUGAUUGCCAUUGCGGACCUGGGCAUGGAAUCAGUAUCGGGUCUUUGGGGGAGCUUGGGAACAGGGCAGAGGUUAAAGAAAUUCAUGUGCAAAGAGUAAAUUUUUUUGGCACAAUGAAUGGUGUAAGGAUCAAAACAUGGCAUGGCGGACAGGGAGAGUGCCAUUCGAUCUCUUUUAAGCAUUCCAACUUCACCAAUGUGAUGAAUCCCUUACUGAUUGACCAACACUACUUUGCGGAAUCUGCGAAAGAGACAAGUGCAGUAAAAAUCAGCAACAUUACUUAUGAAAACUUGCAUGGGACAACUAACAUAUUAACCCCAUCAGCCAUCAACCUGGGUUGCAGCAGAUUGGUUAGCUGUACGGGUCUUUACUUCAAUAACAUCUUCUUCACACCCGCAAGAAAUUCAGUGAAACUCAAGUCGACUUGCAUUAAUGCAAAGGGCAAAACUUGGGGGAGGAUAGAACCUCCCCUGAGUUGUCUCAAUCAUUGACACCCUCUCUCUCUCUCUCUCUCUCUCUCUCAGUGGAAGAUGGUAGCUAAUUAUGGUCAGCAGGGUAGAAUCAAUAAUUCAGAGUGCUUUGUUGCAUCGGUAUAUGGUCCUCAACAUCGAAAGCAAAGACGAAAGCUAUGGAGAGACCUUGGGAUGUACCAGCAGUUUCUGGAGGCGAUUACAGUGUAACCUGGCCAUUGGAGGACAGAAAUAAAGGCAAUCGUUCAGGACUUUCCUGCUUGUACUUGUGUAGAUAGGUUAUGGAUGAGCUUCUAGUACAAAUUAAUGAGCCAGAUGAGAGGGAGGUAGAUUUUGACAAUGGAAGGUAGAUUUUAAAGGGUGUACAAGAAGGCAGAGUAUUUGAAGUGGUCUCUCUCAAUUGGAACGAUGAAAAUGAAAUACAAUGGACAGCCAACUGCUCCAAUCUCUAUUCUGUUAGCUCUUGUUACUCUACUGUUGGGUCUCUUCUCAUCAUCAGCAAGCCGAUGACAGGUAUAGAGAAAGUCAUCAUGAAGAUUUUCUUAAGGUUUUUUCACUUGUUAGUUUUCAAGGAGGAAAAAAUAAGGUCGCUGCUCGUGUAUUUGGCAGCUUCGGAUUUAUUUUGUUAGUUUUCUUUUUAGCUCUGUGAGAAGCUGUUACUCAGUUUUCUCUGUCGUCGUCGAAACUGUGUCUUAGUUCCUUGUUGCACUGUUAUGUGUCCCCUUUUUAUUUCUGUUUUUUCUAGCAAUACAUAUAGCAUGCUUGGAAUCAACACAGAUGAUUUCAAAGAAGAAGAAAGUCGGAAAUGGUGGUGAUUCCGAAGAAAUCAACGGUAGGAGGAGACUUGGAUGUAUUUUGGGUUGCCAGGUAAGGUUAACCCAAGUGGAUAGCAGACUUGCAUUACUUGAGAAAUCAGGCUUAGAAAUCAUCACUUGCUUCAAAGAAGAAAAAAAUAAAAAAAUAAUGGCUUGUUA